CGCGUCCUCCUCCUUCGCCGAAACCAGAGUCAUCUGCCGAGUAUGCCAGAAGCAGUUCGCGCAGUACACAUGCCCACGCUGCAACUCCCGCUACUGCUCGCUCACGUGCUACAAGGUGUUCGUCGAAUUGCCGCAGUGCAGUUGUGAGCUUUUGGAGGAAGCGAUACUCAGGAUAGUUUUCUGACAACCGUCUUGUACUCUUGCUGCUUGCCAUACCAUCUUGUACUCUUGUUGCUAAAACGAAAAAAACGGGGAGAUAGUUAGUUAACUGUUGAAUGUCUGCUCUUUCUUGUCAUCUUCAGUGGCUGGGGGAGUUGUUUCUUUGCUUAGUCUGGUGCGAAUUCCUGAAAAAGGUUGCAGUAGGUCACGCUACAACAUCAAUACCUGGUGCCAUACUAGAUCUUAGCAAGUUCCAUUUGUAAAAUUAGAGGAGCAAUCCCAUAGAAAUUCAGAGGUGGGUGAAAAUUUUGUCACAUACAUUUAGGUAUCGUACCUCACAUCUGCUUGCUGAUCUGAAUGGAUCUAUUUGAGUCUGUUCAUUAGUUAGUUUGAAGAAAAUACUUCCUGUAGGUACAUCCAGUUGAACCAGGCUUGUUGUAUGGGGUUAUACUGCAUUAUUGUGCUGCUGACAGCCGUGAUUUUCAUUCAUUUCACUUCACUUAUGAGAUAAAUUCUGUUUUCCUUCUCGAUAAGGUGUGGAAGUAUGUUCUGCUUUUGUAUGCACGUCGGUACUGUGGAUGAUUGGUGUUUGACUGUGUUUGCAGUUAGCUUUGCAUGAAAGGGUCUUAUUGCCUGAUGUUGUUUCUAAUACAUUGUUUGCCUCUUCUUUAAUAGGGGCAUAGUAAUCAAUGCACUGAAUUGUUCAUGCGUGAGAAUGUUACGGAGGAGCUUAAGCAGAUUCAGCCUGAAGAUGAAUCAAGAAGGCAGAUGCUCGAUAUACUCAAACGGUUCCACUUGGAAGAUGAAACGGAGUCCGAUGGUGAAGAUGAGUCAAUGUUUUCAGAGGAGCUUAUCCAAAAAGUCAUUUCUGGUGAUGGGAUAAAUCUUGAAGACCUUUCUGAUGAUGAAAUGAAACGAUUUCGUCAAGCGCUGGCCUCAGGUGAACUCAGUAAGAUGAUCCAACCAUGGACACCAUGGUGGAAAAAUCCUGCUGCUAAAUCGAUCUCUCUUAGCCAUGAUGGGAGUCAGCUUAUCAAAGAAGUAAGUACAGAUGUCACUACUUUAUCAGAUCCAACGGCUGCGUCAGAAUCUAUCACCAGUGAAAUACCAGAAGGGCCAGAAUCUCCUCUCCCAUCACUCAAACAGCUAACCAGGGCAGAGCCGUCUCCUCUGCUAACUGUUCACCUGGUUGAUAUUCUCUACAGUUACUGCUUCACGCUGCGCCUCUACAAUGGUGAUUGGCACUCUGAUCCUUUCGGUGCUUCAACUGUUGCCUUGUCUAUGUCGAAAGUAAUGGGGGAGGAUGCUAAACCUGAGACAGUAUCUGAAUCGCUCACGACCUGCAUAGAGGAGACAUGCUCCCCAGAUUACAGGCACACCGGAGGUUUCAGGUUUGCAAUAGGACUCGUGGACGAUAUCAUCACCAUCCUCUCCUUAGGAGGCAAUGCGCUUGUCUGUGCAUUGUGUGACUUCCGCAGGCUCAUUCAAGCUGGUGAGAGCAUGCUCAAGGAAGAGAAGGUGGGCAAGACUGAGAGGGCUCAGAGCUCCCAAAAGCUCCGUGCCGCGGAUAGGAAGCUGUUCUUCAUUACCUGCUGGUCUCAUGAGCAGCCAGCUGAUACCUGGCCAUCAUUGGCUCACCUCGUUGAGGUGCAGAAAGCAUCUCUUGAGGAGCUGGAUAAUAGAAGCGGCCUGAGGAAGGCUGGUAGAAAGGGCAACCGGCAAUCCAAGGUUCUUAUUGAGGAGGUGUAAGCAUAUGAAUGCAUCCCUAGACCUGGAAUACCAUAGUCUGUUGCCUAGUUAUCCUUUUGGUACCGCAACUGUAUCAUUUGAUCUUUGUGUGCCUUUCUUCACCUUCCUGUGCAGUGGCUGAACUGUAUAAAUUAUGAUCUUUCAAAGCUAUGACAGUUUAUACAGUUCUGAAGUUCUAAUAUUAAAGCGUCCAGCU